AUGAUAAGAGGCUCGGUUUCUGUCUCUCCCACUGAGACAUCGCCGUCGAAGGCACUGCAUUCCAUCCUUUCCUUCUGCCUCUGGGCUGCCCUUACGCUUACUGCCAUUGGGAUCGCUGCUACCCCUCUGCCCGCUAAGCAGUGCCCUACGGGUGUCUGCUCGGCGCUGACCUUCUUCCCGCGAAAGACUCGCACAACACGGACGGAGGUUGCGCCGAUUGGGCCUUUGAAUACGAACGCUCAGAGGCUCGCUCGUGGACUUGCUCCGAAGCCGCCUGUUCGUCGGUCACCCACAAGCACAAUCAGUAAACGCCAACAGCCGUCGCAAGUUCCGAGCCCCUUCACGUCCUAUCGGGGUAUUAUCUCUCUGCGGAGUGAAGGAAGCGACACGCCCUACUACAUCGACAAGACGUCGUACCACUCCGGCCACAUUUUCGUAAACACGUCUAUUAGCGAGGCCCUUGUGGUCUCCUUCACGUCCCCGAGUAGCGAACUCAGCGCGAGAACCUCAAGAUCAUUCUUAGUGGGCGCUCAGCUCUUGAUGGAGAACUGGAGUUACGGAGGAGAAUUUCCGCUCCUCGGAUUGGUCCAAGGCGGAAAUAACACAGACUCCGACAUUGGAUCUGGCUCGCCCGAGUACUUGACGCUCGGAGGAAUUGCCUCACCGGGAACGCCGAAGGACAGCAUUCCCGUAUACGCGAAUAAUUCGUACACGUUCGUCACUGGGCAGAAUCGGACAUCAGAGUCUGCGGUAUGGAAUGCCGACCUCAAUACGGGCCUGUUGACGCCUCAAUGGACCAAUACCAGUAGAACCCAACCGACGACAUACUUGUUUACUCGAGAUAGCAUUUUGUAUGCCGGUGGAGACCUUGAAGCGUUUACUGCCAAUUUGACUUUUGGCAUCGAGGCUGAAGGAUCUCAAGAGAAGGUCGUCCCCUUGCUCGCCUACUUUGUUCCCAUCUAA